AUGACUGUGGAUAAUAAGAGUUUACCUUUGAAAAAGAAGACUGUGCAUAAGAAAGCAAUGCUAGAAGAUUUAACUAAAAAGGAAGGUCACUAUUUAACUUUGGCAUACGCCACAGCAAAUCUGUAUGAUUUGAAGGCCUUGAAAGAAGGAUUGGUACAGCAAAAAUUGUAUGAACCGGGAACACUCAAAGCACAAGAAAUAGGAGAUGGAGAUGUAGUUGUGGCGAAACCAAUGUACAGUAUCGGAGACGAAUCUCGGGAAAUUAUUUUUUUCAAGGAAGGUGCAGUUGUGUUUUGGAAUUGCACUGAAUUGGAAGCUAAUAAUGUAUUACAGUUUAUUAGACCGUAUGAAGUAGAAAGCUACCCUAAAGAUGUGGUCAAGAAGGAGAGGGAAGUCAUGACCUACCAAUAUCAGCCAAAUGCGAAAAGGUGUUAUUUGCAAGAAUCAUGUUUUGUGUUAGUUCCAGAUGCUGAUAAUUCAUUAGAGAAGUACUCAUUCAGCCACGCCAUGGCGCAGUCAGCGCGGCUGGGCGCGUGGGAGGCGCGGCUGGAGGCGCUGGCGGCGGCCGUGCGCGCGCACUCCGCGCUCAUGCAGAGCGAGGGCGUCACGCGCGUGGAGAAGAAGGAGGUAGUGCGCAAGCUUGGCGAGUUGUUCUCUCUCCGCCACCAGCUGAACGUGGAGUCCGACCUCCUGGACACGCCCGACUGCUACUGGGAGGACGAGAGGCUGGAGAGGCUUUACUCCAACACCGUCGCCUACUUCACUAUCCCGAAGAGGAUCAGAGUACUGAACGAGCGGCUGUCGCACUGCGUGGAGCUGCUGCAGCUGGUGUCGGCGUGGGCGGCGGACCGCCACCACGUGCGCCUCGAGUGGAUGGUCAUCGCGCUCAUCCUGGCCGAGGUCUGCUUCGAGCUGCUGCACUGCGUGGACCGGUACCUGCUCGACAAG